AUGGCUGCAGCCAACAAGCCUUCGGAAUUGAAUGCUCGCGCACAAAAUGGCUUUGCCAAGUCCAGUCUGUACGACCAACAUCGUCCGGCAUACUCUGCGACGGUCGUGCAGUAUCUGCUCGAGCAACUACGCGUCGCUGAUAAAAAGCACGCCACGAUCGUGGAUCUUGCUGCGGGAACCGGAAAGUUCACGGAAGCGUUGGCCGCCCGGCAUGAGGACUUUCGCAUCAUCGCUGUCGAACCACACGAGCAGAUGAGACAGGUGCUUGAGUCGAAGAAGUUGAAGGGCGUGAUUGUAGUCGAUGGCAUGAGUGACAACAUGCCCACCCUGCAGGACGGCAGCGUGGACGCCGUGACUGUUGCUCAGAGCUUUCAUUGGUUUGCCAAUAUGGAUUCUCUUAGAGAGAUACACCGUGUGUUACAACCACAUGGCGCUCUUGGACUCAUAUGGAACGCAGAAGUAUACAACUCUCCAAAGGACCAACAAGCCCUAUCGGCUUGGGAAGGCAAGUUGCGUGAUCUGAAUUGGGCAGUAGCCGAAGAGACUGGGGAUCAGGAACCUCGCUUCCGCCAUAUGGAGUGGAAGAAGAUUUUUGACGAUCAAGUCAAGAAGACGCCGCUUUCCUUACUGGUUGCAAGUGAUGACCAAUUGUUCAGUCUGCCGAUCGCUGAGCACACUGAACCAUUCGAAGUGACCUUGACAGCGGAAAGGGCAUGGGAACGAUUUGCAACACUUGGGCACAUUGCAGUACUUGAGGGUGAUCUUCUAGAGAAGACCAAAAAGACUUUCAUGGAUAUUAUCAACGCCCCUGACGUCGAAAAAGACACCGAGGGCAACGCGACCCUUCAUGGCGCCGCCCACGCCUUCUGGACUACCAAAAUCCCAGCCGAAGGUCGUGAAAGCCUGACUGGAGUAUCGCGGCCCGAGCAUGACCGCACUGCAGAAUGA